ACCAGCUACCAUGUGUCCCAGCGGCCUUUCCUGGAGUCCAGACCUGGAGAAGUGUAUGGAUUGCGCAGUGUGCCAAACACAGAACAAGAAUGACUUCUGCUCCACAUGUGGAGAUACCCAGACCCCCGACACACUCAACUGGUGGAUUCUGGGAGCAUCAAUGGGGGCCUUCGUUCUGUUUAUCAUCAUCGGUGGAAUAAUAUACUAUGCUCGCUGCCGGCGGCGAGAAAAAUUUACAACUCCCAUUGAAGAGACUGGAGGCCAUUCGGCUCAAGAAUCGCUGAUCGAUUGAAAGUGAGAACAAGCACUUU